AUGCCUAUUGCUAUUGAUGACUCUUUUAAGCAACCAGGUUCUGUUCCAUUCAAAUGGGAGAUUCGACCCGGUGUCCCCAAGCUCCACAACCACCACCAACCACCACCGUCAAACUCAAAUCACCGCCCUUCAUCCCUCAAGCCACCACCCUCCUCCUUGGUCUCCGCCUCCCCACGAACUCAAUCCAGCCGAUUCCAUUUUGAUAAGCCGCCACCACUCAUGAUUGGACGUCAACCCGAGGUUGUAUCAUUGGGUUGCUUUCAAACCUGGAAAGGAGGCCAAAUUAGAAAAACCAACAAGCUCCAUGCAGACACAGUCUACAAAUCAGACAUCGAGACCUUGUCUCAAUGGUCUAUGUCGACUCAGAACUCAAGAUCGCCGUUUUACAACUCAUCACCACCGUCUUCUUCCUUCUCGUCCUACCGAUCAUCACCGGUGAUGAUGGCAAGUGAUGUGGAAUGGGCUGGGUACGGUUUAUUUUAA